UGCUAGUCGAAUUGUUGAUGGAAACUUUGAUGACCCACGCCUAACAGACUAUGAUACAUUGCUGAAAAAUAUCAAUGAUCUGAAGACUGGGAAGCCAGCAGAGAUUCCAAUAUAUGAUUUCAAAUCUAGUUCGCGAAUAGGAUACAGGACCCUUGAAGUCCCUAGCUCCCGCAUUGUGGUUAUUGAGGGCAUCUAUGCUCUGAACGAAAAGUUGCGGCCUUUCCUGGAUCUUCGCGUAUCUGUGAAUGGUGGAGUACACUUUGAUCUCGUUAAAAGAGUUUUACGUGACAUACAACGUGCUGGGCAGGAACCAUCAGAAAUAAUCCAUCAAGUAUCUGAAACGGUUUAUCCAAUGUACAAGGCUUAUAUUGAGCCUGAUCUCAAAACUGCACACAUAAAAAUUAUCAACAAAUUUAAUCCUUUCUCUGGAUUCCAGAGUCCUACUUACAUUCUAAAGUCAUCAAGGAAUCCGAAGACAGAACUAAUCAAGUCUGUCUUGUCUGAAGAACACACUGAGAGUACGGAACAGAUUUAUGACAUAUACCUUCUGCCACCUGGUGAAGAUCCAGAGACAUGCCAAUCAUAUCUGAGGAUGCGAAAUAAAGAUGGGAAAUACAAUCUCAUGUUUGAGGAAUGGGUCACUGAUUCUCCAUUUGUCAUAUCACCAAGAAUCAGUUUUGAAGUUAGUGUGCGUCUUCUUGGUGGAUUGAUGGCUUUGGGAUACACAAUGGCGGCCAUCCUCAAAAGAAGCAGCCAUGUAUUUUCUGAUGAAAGGGUCUGUGUGAAAAUUGACUGGCUUGAACAACUGAACCGCCACUAUGUGCAGGUCCAAGGAAGAGAUCGUGUUGUUGUAAAAUGUAUAGCUGAUCAGCUGGGUUUGGAAGGCUCAUAUACUCCGCGUACAUAUAUUGAGCAAAUACAGCUAGAGAAGCUUGUGAAUGAGGUUAUGGCAUUACCAGAUGACUUGAAAACAAAGCUUAGCCUAGAUGAAGAUAUUGUCGCAAGCCCUAAAGAAACUCUCUCUCGAGCCUCGGCGGAGAGAGUAUCAUGGAGAAAUAAGAAUAUCAGAAGUGGAUUGUCACAUUCAUAUUCAACUAACAGGGACAAAAAUCUAUCAAAUGUUAGUUCUGAUUAUCGGAGGAAUGACAUGAGUGCAGAGUCAGGAACAAGAUUAUCAAACCAGGGAGCGGUCACACAUUUAUUGGAGCAAAUUUCUACCUUGAAUGACCGGAUGGAUGGCUUUACGUCUAGAAUGGAAGAACUUAAUUCCAAGUUAAGCAGCACAAGGGCUUCUCCAAGAAACAAACGAGCUUCUCCAAGCACACCAACUCUGGCAUUAGAAACUGAAGUGUGCAAUGGAUCUGCCCCUACUUCCUAUUUCAUAUCUGGUUUGGAGAAUGGUUCCUUGACUGGGUCCAUCAUGCCUAAUUCCUCGUCUUUUGCUUCCCUUACAAAGGAGUCUGCGUUUAUGGAAGAGAUAUCAAAUAUUGCACGUGGACAGCGUCAAGUUAUUCAUCAGUUGGACAACAUUAGCAACGUUCUUCGCGAGAGAUUAGAUGAACAGUCUCGACAACGAAGAACAAAUAAUAAAAGAGACAGAAUUGAUAUGGAUCCUAUCAGAAUACCUCUCAUCUUAACAUUAGCAGUUGGUGGCCUGGGAAUCCUCUUGUUUAAGAGCCUGCAACACCGAAACUGAUUCUUCGUCCUAAUCUUUUCUAACUGUAGGAUUUUUCUUUUUCUUCUACUCCUAUCUUACUCUUUUAUAGAGCCCAUGCAAGUAUUUUUGCUUGUUGUACCCUUCAAUCGGGAUAAAAUACUGCUCAUGGAUCAAACUGAUCUGUGAUUUUGAGGCUAAGAAGGCAGAAUAUGAUGCUUUCUGAUUAAUGAGUUUUGUUAAAGAAGGGGAUGAAUUGGCAAAUUUUGUAGAUUUGUGGGGUUCAUUUAAUAAAUAUGUUCUUCAUUAGA